AUGACGUCAGUGCUAAGGAGAGGCAGCAAAACUUUUUCAAAAGUCAUGGCGCAUGAUCGAGAAAACAUUAUAAAUAGCAUAUUAUGGAUUUUGCACAUGAUCAAUGCAUUGCCAAUUGAAUGGUGCUAUGUAAUACACUCAUAUGUCAUAGAGCCUCUUGAGAUGAAAAAUCUGUUUCCAAAUAUUAUAGAUACAUUAAAAAUAAUCCAGGAAUAUGAGAAACGUUGCUUCAUUAUGCAUCGACGAUUGCGCACGGAUCCGCGAUGCCAUUUUAAAUUGCGCAAUUAUGUGCAAUCUUUCAAGCUUGAUCGACAGGCUUUUAUUCGUCACAUGAUGUUGUAUUGCUUUAAAAUGGAGAACGAGAUAUAUGGGGUCUCUUUGUCAUUGAACUUCUUUCACCAUUUAGGUUGGGCCAACGAGAGAAUAGCUUAUGAGAACAUAAUGCAUAUCAACGCCGAGGCGUUGCAGAUUGCCUUGAUAUAUAUAGAAUCGUUUUCAAAAAAUACAUUUAUUAUGUUAUUACACUCCAUCGUAGACUUCUCCAAAAGAAUUGAAAGUUUUAUACCCGAUAACCAGGAAGAAGUUCGCCGCAUCCUGCUGAAAAAUGUAGUCGAUGAGACGCGCUAUAAACUUAUAUAUGACUUCUUGCUCAAGCAUAUUUGUGAUGAAGAUCUAUCUUAUCUGACAGACAAAUAUUAUGAAACCUCCGAAUGGAUUUAUGCACUCAUCCAUGGACGCGUGCCUUGUACAGUAUCUCUAAUAGACUGCACUUGUGAUAAAUGUCCGUAUUGCAAACGUCAAAGUUUCAUUAGGAAUAAAAUUGCAGCGAUGUAUAAGGCAUAUUUGUUCAUAUGUGAAUGCAUCAAGAUACCCACAGAGUUUCAUCAUCAUUAUUAUUAUGAGCAAUUACUGCACAAUUUGUGUCCGGAAUAA